AUGCAUCUGUCGUUGCUGCUGCUAGGCGUCUGGGCCGUUCAGCCAGGUGCUGCGUAUGUCGCCAAGUCGGCUCGGAAUGAGGGGAUCUGCAAGAAGGCCACCGUGGCUGUUCUAGGAGGAGGGAUUGCAGGCAUCUCCGCCGCUCAAACGCUAUCUGACGCGUCGAUUGACGAUUUCCUGAUACUGGAAUAUCGCGAUCGCAUUGGAGGCCGUGCCUGGCACGAGAACUUCGGCAAGAACAAAGAUGGCAAGCCGUACGUGAUCGAGAUGGGUGCCAACUGGGUACAAGGACUGGGAGUCCCAGGAGGCCCAGAAAAUCCCAUCUGGACUCUGGCCAAGGAGUUCAACCUGGCCACCACGCCCUCCGAUUACGACAAUGUCUCCACCUACAACGAGCACGGAUACAAAGACUACUCCCAUCUGUUGGCCAAAUAUGACGAAGCUGCCGACGUCGCAUGCCAGAAAGCCGGCGCCAUCCUCAAAGAUAACCUCCAGGACCAAUCCGCCGAGGCCGGGUUGGCGCUCGCUGGGUGGAAGCCCAAAUCCGACGAUAUGGAGGCGCAGGCGGUCGACUGGUGGAAAUGGGAUUUCGAGGACGCCUUUUCGCCGUUGGAAAGCUCCCUGAUGUAUGGCUGUGCCAGCGAUAACCUCACCUCGAAUGGGUUCAGUGACCAGGACAACUUCGUCACGGACCAACGGGGAUUCAACACCAUCAUCAAGGGCAUGGCGUCGAAAUUCCUCACUGAGAACGACCACCGGCUGAAGCUCAACACCCAGAUUGCCAACAUCGCUUACAGCCCGGACGGCGUUAUUAUUUCCAAUCAAGACGGCAGCUGUGUGCAAGCGGCCUACGCCAUCUGCACCUUUUCUCUCGGCGUGUUGCAGAACGACGUCGUCGCCUUCACUCCAGAAUUGCCCGAGUGGAAGCAGACGGCCAUCCAGAUGUUCACCAUGGGCACCUACACCAAGAUCUUCAUGCAGUUCAAUGAGACUUUCUGGCCCACUGACACGCAGUAUUUCCUGUAUGCGGACCCGGAGUCGCGCGGCUGGUACCCGCUGUUCCAGUCGCUCUCGAUGCCGGGAUUCCACGAGGGAUCCAACAUCCUGUUCGUAACGGUAACGCACGAGAUGGCAUAUCGAGCGGAGCGCCAGUCGGACGAGAAGACCAAAUCGGAGAUCCUGGACGUCCUGCGCAAGAUGUUCCCGGACGUUGAGGUGCCUGAACCCACGGCGUUCCUAUAUCCGCGCUGGAGCACCGAGCCCUGGGCGUACGGCAGCUACUCCAACUGGCCAACGGGUACGACGCUGGAGAUGCAUCAAAACCUGCGGGCCAAUACGGACAGACUGUGGUUUGCGGGUGAAGCCACCAGCCAGAGCUACUUUGGGUUCCUCCAUGGCGCCUGGUUCGAGGGACAGCAUGCGGGACGAGAAAUUGCUAACCUGCUGACAGGAUGUAAGGGCAACUCGACCUGCGGCCCUCGGAAGCAUUAUGAGAAGCUGCAUGGAACUACAGGGUUUGAGGAUUACUCAGAGGUGAAUGGAUGGUAUGCCGACCCGUUUGUGGACAACAAUAUUUAG